AUGGCACCAAGACAAUCAAAAACAGCUAAAAGAACAGCUACACAGAAUAAAACAAGAAGUAUCGAAUCCGAAGUGUUUAAGGAUUCUCAAGCAAGAAAUAGAUUAGGCUUCACUUCAAAUCAAACUGAAAAAUCAAGAGUUAGAAAACCAAGUAAAAAAGAUGUUAAAAAGGAACAAUCCAAGAUAAGGCUUUAUGGUAAAAAAAAAGAACAAAAAAUAUAUGAUGAAAAAGAUUUGGAUUUACCUGUACUAAAUAGAGCUAUUGUUCCAGGUGUUAAAAGAUCAAGAGGUAAAAAAGGUAAAAAAUUUGUUAAUGAAAAUCCAGAAGAUUCAACACAAUUAAAUAGAAUUAUUAAUGAAGUUAUAUUGAAAGAUGAAAAAAGAGAUUAUUCUAAAUUAGAAAAAGCUCAAAAAUUAGAAGAAAUUAGAGAAUUGAAAAAAAAAGAAAUUGAACAAAAAGAAGCUGCUAAAAGAGAUAAAUUAGAAGAUAAAAAACAAGAAAUUAAAAAUAAAGCAACAAAAGCUAGAACUGAUAGAAGAAAAAGAGCUAAAUUACAAACUCAAUUAGCUGAAGAAGAAGCUUCAAAACCUAAAAAGAAGAAGGUUGCAUUUGCAUAG